AUGAUUUUCAUGUUAUUUGUUUCUCCUAUGCUCAGUUUUUUCUUCCUUUCAGGGUCAGUCGAUCGUAGAGGUAGUCCCAUUGUCGCCAUUAUUCCAACAGCAACUGGUACUGUUAACGCUUCUCACAGAGUUUUUCUAGAGACCUCGUUGCCCGACACCGAUAGUGUUCUGCUACAGUACGAAAAUCUAGUUUCUGUACUUGGUUAUUUUUCGGAGAUUAUCGGCGACUAUGCUGCCGAGAAAGGCCUUUGUGUGCUUAUUGAUGGCCGGAAAAUAUCUCCAAAAACGCUGAAAAACGUGCUAAGAGCAUGUCAGCAAGCAUUCUAUCAUCGUAUUCGCUUAGCGAUCAUCGUCCAACCGGAUAAAUUUCUUCAUCAACAGAAAAUCAAUUUCGAUCUCAUUGUAGAAGGCUAUGAAUUUCGAGUAAGUGCUAUAGUUCAAUUAUAA